CAUAUUAAGUCUCCUAACUAAACCGAUCCCAAGAGAAUAACUGGGUGGCUUAACAUGGGUCACGUUAAAGAAUAAGCCUGCAUUGGAAACUGAACAUCAGCAAUGAAUUAGUAAUGUUACCUUCUCUUCCGACAAAGGUAAAAAAAAACAUCAAAAUAUCUACUAGCAUAUUUUGCCUUUCUUUAUUUUGCUUCACAGUAGGCACAACGUCAAAAAAUUUCUUUUGUGUUUAACCAUCGUUCUUCGUUCCAUUUUCCCCCUAUUUUUUUUGUAAAUUUCUCCACAUUUUAGCCACAUUCUUAAUUUUUAAUCGGUGUACUCAAAUAUAUAUUUUUUUGUCUUCCUGUCCAAAUCAUGCAAAACGGACUUAAAACUAUUGGAGAGUGUGCAGAGGCGAGCUACGCGUUUCAUCCAGCAAAGAUUAUUAUUUUGUGUGUGUUGGUGUUAUGUACCCAGGUGAAUAUGAUGUUUGUGAUGUUACUCUGACAAACAUCAUAUUCACCUGAGUACAUAACACCAACACACACAAAAUAAUCAUAUCAUAGAAUAUACGGAUAUCGAAGGAACUAGACUCGGUUCCGAAAUAUCAUCAAGUCGAACCGACUAGUACUUGACCAUAUAGCUCAGUUGGCAGAGCAUUGGACUAGUAUCCCAAAAGUCGCGGGUUCGAUUCCCACCGUGGUCAAGCUAACUUUUCAGCUUGCCCGGUGUGGAUGCACACUCAGAGUAACAUCACAAACAAGAGAUUAUUAUGUCCGACCCAACUACAAGUCUUGCUUGAUUAGUCUCAACCUGCUUCCUAUUUCGUACUGGUUGGAGUGUCGUGACUUAUGCUUUGUUUAUAAGUAUAUGAGCGGUUCAUUAGUGUACAGCUUGAAGAUUACUUACAAGUCUCGAGUGGUUGCACAAGCAGCUCUACUAAUAGUUUGAAUCUGUAUCCUGUACACCGUCUCCGUACUUCAUUAUUUAGAGACUCCUUCUUCAAUCGCGUCGUAAAGCUUUGAAAUAGUCUACCACUUGAAAUACGCAAAUCAUCUUCAAUCAUUGCGUUUAAAUCUCGUUUGUAUAAACAUUAUUCUCUUAAGUUACGGAACGUUUUUGAUACGAUUAGAUUAAUAAGUACAUGGAAAUUGGAAACUUGUAAGUCUAUUGGCAGCCCUUCCUGUUGUUAGUUGUUAGGGACCUUUAGCAAAUAGGUGACAGCAACGCGACGACGGUGGCCAAAACAAAUUCGUUCAAAUAAGUAACUUUAAGAUCAACAUGUCUUGUAUUAUCCGUUGUAUGUAUAGAAUAUCAGGCAUGCAAUUGAAUAUCAGGCAUGCAAAUAACAAUUAUUCGCCAAAGGCGAGGUGAUCACAAAUUCAUUAAUAAUUCAUGAGUAAUUAAACCAAUAGCAUGUAAGCAUUCCGUCACAAGAUGCUGUUUGGAUACCGUGGUCAAACACAGUCAGACACGGCAACAUAAGUGUUUAGCUGCAUACGUAAUUAAGAUAUUUGGUGAAAGUCACUAGUGUUUUCAUCAAAUAUCUUAAUUACGUAUGCAAAAUCAAGUCAGCAAACAAAUUCACACCCAAAAUUGCUUUAAUCGCAAUCACUCUUUGACGUCUACAUGACUUAAAUACGAACAAUCAAAUCAUUAUCUAUACAUCGUGAAAAGCCCACUUCAGUUAUGCCGCAAUGUGUAUCUCAAUAGAAUUCCCAAUUACGAUAUGCCUCGUUAGGAAUUCUAUUCAAAUCAGCAAACGAAAACAUUCUGUUACGUCUCGAUUCAUUUGAGAAGCAAUAUAAACAACUUACAACUCGAGCUCGUGUCUCACCGGGAUAUCCAAACACUCGAAAAUUCGCGCUCGUGUUUUCAUACAUUGUUUUCUCGUGUUUGGAUAUCCGGCCGGUGAAACACUCGCUCUCGUUGUUCAUACAGGGUGUAUAAAAAAACGCAACCUCGGAAUUUCCCAAGAAAUCGACAUUGUUUCAAAGACAAAAGAUUUUAGACGCCUGGGAAUUUAAAAUAGCACAACUGUCAAAAUUACUGCACACGCGAGUACAUAAAGCAAAAUUUAUGCAUUUAUUUAAUCACAACAACAGUAAUAUGAUCUAUUAGCAAUUCGAUUUCAAUUCCCAGGGGCCUAAAAUCUUUUAUGCUUAAGAAUUGCAAAGUGAUUUCUUAGGAAAUUCCGAGGUUGCGUUUUUUUUUAUACACCCUGUAAAUUUUGAAUACAAUGUCAACAGAUGACCUUUUUCAUUGCAAACCAGAUGUGUUGAUCAAUUGUUAUAUACGUAUAUAAAGGCGAAAACCCCAAUCAAACGAGGAUGGCAGUUGAUAUAUGCACUGCAGGGCACAUAUUUUAAGAAAAAAAAUAAAGGUGUUAUGAGUGUUCCAACUGCGUUUUAACUUUAAAAUACGUGAUAGAGUUGUGAAAGCAGUGAACUGCCAACUCCCAUACACUCUCAUCCUCAUUUGAUCUGUGCUUGUAUAUAACAUGAUAUCAAACUUGAACUGUGUUCAUUCAAUUACAUGCAGAGUUCUAUUAUUGUAUUGAACAGUGGUCACCUACGGUUGCCGAGGUAUAUUGAAUAAACACAUUUUCCACGUUUAUGAAACCCACCUCCGGAGAGAGCAAGACAGAAUAUAUACACUAACAGGUAAGGAUUUGCUACGAAAAUCACGUUUAACUUUCGUAUAUACAUAUCUAUAUUGAAAUUGUGAUGUGUAUCAAUCUUGCAACUUGCAGUAAAGAACCGUCUAAACGACUCCGACAUUUAUCUCCCAAACAUAAUUGUCACAUGGCCAGAAAUCAUAGAUAUGAUUUAUUCUACUUCCUUCGCAAUUUGCAUAUAUAACAGUCGGUGAAUUUUGUGCGACGUUGUUAAUUGCGAAAUUUGAGAAUAAAGUAUAUAGGUCGUUUGCAACUUGCCUCAAUCGCUGGCUGCAAAACGAAGUCUGUCGAAGUAUUUAGUGUAAUGUGGGCCUGAUUUCAGUUACUGCCUAUUCUGUAGUUUCAAUAUUUGUACAGAGGUUGGUUUCUUUACGACAUUUGUAUAUUCAAACCCCAUAUAAAUUAAGAAUACCGCACUACUGCCACUGGAGUUAGAAACGAAAAUUCAGAAUAACAAAAGACUUACACCAGGGAAACUAUGUUCUGCAACCAGCAAUUGCGGCAAACUGCAGACGACGUUAACGACCUACCGUAUUCUCUGAUUUUGGGAUUUACAGCAUCGCGUAAUUAUUAUUUACUGUUUACUGCAGGAGCCAUAUUUCAACGGGUUUUGUCGGGUUAUGCAUCGUCGGGUUAUGCAUCGUCGGGUUAUGCAUCGUCGGCAUAUUUCAACGGGUUUUGUCGGGUUAUGCAAAUUUAAUAGCAAGGAAGUAGAUAUAAAUUAUGUUCGUGAUUUCUGGCUAUGAAACAAUGUCAAUGUUGCAUGCAUCCAACGAUAUAGAUCUAUUCUACUUUCUGCGCAGGCCGUUAUGAAUUCCCUAAAGCCUGGAUUCCAUAUGGUCGUAAUAAUUUCAAAAAAUAGAGUCACGAUCUUUCUCAACGGCCAGUUUAUAAUAGUUAAUAGUUUAUAUCUGUAAACUACAUAUAAAUCAUAAUAUUCUCUAGUUAUAAUCUAUGUUAUAAUGAGAAAGAUCGUGACUCAAUCUUUAAUACGACUGUUACGACCGUAUGGAAACCAGGCAAUUAGUUUCAUCAUAGUUACGGGUAAACCGCGUGUUUGGUGUAUAAUUUAGGCUGUGUUUUAUAUAUUUGACAAUUACACUAAGUAUACUAAUACUCUUCGUGAUACUCUUCAUGACGAAGAGUACGUCUACUUUGUUGUUUGAAAUAAAUGUUCUGUUGCUUGACACUGAUAUGUGUGUGUGUGUUGUCUGCCUUCUCUGACAUUAAUACUCUAGUGGAGGUCAACCUUUGAACAGGGUCAGGGGUGAACUAAAACAACAAAGAAACAAUAUAGCCGUCAACGCAUUUUAUGUAAAUGAGUUGUCCGACUAUUAAAAAAGCCAAUGUGUAUAUAAAAUAAUAUACACAAUAUAAAAUCUGUCCCUUACCCAUGACACAAAUCCUUGACCCCCCAAUUGAGUGGAUAUAUGACGUCAUGAGACCCAAGACUAUGGGUUUGGUUUUUUGGUUCAUCAUACUAUAAACUAAAAUCUCUCGUAAGCGAACAUCUUUUUGGAAUCAGUAUAGCAUUGCGCUGUAACUCGAGUAGAAGUUAAGCCUUGUUGUUGUAAUUCCAGGCCCACCAAAUUGAUUUUCCGUGAAACACUGUGUCGUCGUUAGUCCUAAGAUGAGAACAAACAACCGCAGACUGGUAUGGGAAGAUUGGUUGGCGAUCGCCAUUUAUUUUGUUUUUACCAUUGGUCUUGGUCUGGCGGUUAGUAUUACGGCGUUUUUUACAUGGACAAGUGGACAACCAUUGAUCUGGCCGUUUGAUUGAGAGAUUGAAUGACUCACUUGAUUGAUUUUAUUGACUGUCGGAUUGAUUGAUUAAUGAACCAAUUGAUUAAUAGUUUAUUGACUCGGAUUUUUUUAUUUCUUUGACUGACUUGAUUGAUUUGAUUGACUAAUUUAAUUGAUUUCAUUUACAAAUUAAUCGAUUUGAAUGUCAAUUGCUCGACUUGCUUGACAUUGAUUUACUUCGUUAAUCAGGGAUUUAAUUUGAUUAAUUUAACUACCUGGGUUAACUGAUUUUGGCUGAUUGAUUUGAUUGACUGAUUUGAUUCAUCUAAUUGACAUAGAUUGAUCCGAUAGAUUUCGUUGAUGAAUUGGCUGACUUGAUUAACUGACUUGAUCAAUUUUAUUUAUUAAUUAGUGACUCAUUGAAUAAUUGAUUGAUUAAUUGUUCGACUGAUUAAUUAAUUGGUUGAAAGAUAGAUGAUGAAUUACUAAAUGAUUGAUUAAUUGGAUUGACUGAUUAAUGAAUUGAUAUAUUAAUUCAUUGACUGACCAAUUGAUUGAUUAAUUAAUUAACCAAUUAAUGUAAUUUAUUCGGUUUGAAUGAUUUAUUUAUCGAUUGUCUGACUAAUUGCGUGAUUAAUUGCGUGAUUGAUCGAUUGAGCUCAUUGAUUGAUGUACUCAGGUAAAAUUUCGACGUGGACGAAGACAGGAAUCGACAGAGAGUUUUUUCUUAGCCGGUCGUUCUUUAGUCUGGUGGAUGGUGGGGGGAAGCAUCUUUGCAAGUAACAUUGGUGGAACACAUUUUAUUGGUAUUGCUGGUGAUGGUGCCGCUACUGGCAUAGCAGUCAUUUGUUAUGAAUGGCAGGUAUGGUGGUAUUGAGGUGUUGGUGAUGGUAUAUUUACCAGUAGUAUUGGUGGUGCGCAUUUUAUUGGUAUUCCUGGUCAUGCUACUGUCAUGGCAGUCAUUUUCUAUGAAUGGCAGGUAUGGUGAUAUUGAGGUGUUCGUGGUGGUAUAUUUACCAGUAAUGCUGAUGGUUCUGUUAAUUGGUGAUAUGUAGAUGAUUGAAUUUUUAUGGUUGACUAAAGAAAGAUAUUCAUGAGCUUUAUAGGAAGAUUCAGCCAGAAUUCUACCCACACAGGAAGUUUUAGCUCGAUUGGUUAGCAAUGGUCAAAACUUUUGUGAAACAUCAGAGUAGAUAGUCCCCUUAACUAAAAACAACUUACAAUGGAUCUAAACAAUGCCCAAACGCUAAUCUUGACUGAAAAUAACACACAGUACAAAAAUUAUUUCCAGGCAUCGUGGACCCUCCUAAUCCUCGGAUACUUUUUUGUUCCAGUUUAUUUAACAUCUGGAGUAAGUAAAGACGUAUUUAUAUAUUGUCUCUGCUUUACAUUUAAAGCCAGGCAGGGGCGAAACUUGAGGGGGGUAUGUGGGGGUGCCACCCCCCCCCCCAAAUACAAAUCAUCCGGAUUGACAGGGCAACCAAAGAUUUUAAAUAACAGAAUGUAGAGUUAUUAAGUAACUUACAGGGCUUUCAGAGGGAAUUGAAUAGAAUUUAUAGACCUAAUUGUACAGAUAUUGGUCCAAAAAUAAGGGGGGUUUCACCCAUGUUUUAACAGGAAUUUGUACGGAAAAAAAUUUUUGAACCUUAAUUUAACCGGUUUGUGUCGGGAAAAUUAUUAGACCCUUUUUUUAAUGUCCGGAAAAAUGUUUUUGGAAAAAUAGUGGCCAGAAAUAAAAGUUUGCUGCAGGGCAUCAUCGGUUUUGGCAGGGCAAUUCUGGCAGACACCCCCCCCCCCCCGAAUUAAAAGGGGCUAGUUUCGCCCCUGAAGUCGGGUCAUGUUACACGAGGCAUUUUUUAUGCAAACAGGUUGUAACAAGGUUGUUGUCAAACAGAUAUCAGGAUGCAUGUGUUCGCACUAUUUGUUCCCAGUUGUUGUGACAAGUCUAAAACAAGUUGUUAUCGGACUUGUUGGAACAACUUGUUGCAAGUCUGUUGCCCUCAUCAGUCUAGUCAGAACAUGAUGAUAACACCAUUCAUAACAACUUGUUAUAGACUUGUCAACACAUCUAGGAACAUAGUCAGUCAAGUAUGACUACUUUUUUGAUAACAUGGCUCUGUAUCCAAAAUUGUAUUUGCUCUUUCCACUAAAAUUGCUUUGUGUAACAUCGCCACGUAACUACAUUUGCUAAUUGCCCAGAUAAAAGCCACGAAAUAUCUAUUAAUGCUAAUACAAUUUUUGUUUCAGAUAUACACAAUGCCGGAAUAUAUGCAGAAACGUUAUCAAAGUCAGUCCAUCCGCACUAUUUUGACAUUUAUAACCCUUGUGAGUUAUGUCUUCACUAAAAUCUCGGUAAGUCAAGCCCUGCUAGGAAUUUCAAGUAAAUUGAUAUUCACACCAUUUUACUUUUGGUAAGGGCUGACUGUACGAAGGCCGGGGGGCGGCUAUUCAAAGCAUGAUUAGUGAAAACAGUGGGUUAAAUUUAACCCAUGGAUUUGGUUUAUUAAUAUCUGUACGUCUGCUUAUUUUAAAACUUUAGAAAAUUAAACUUCGAUCUGACGAUACAGACAAGAUUUCCGACAAAAAGCAUUUCCAAUUUCUUAACCAUCUCCUGCAUGUGAAGUAUACUUUGACUAUUACACGUUAACCCAUGCAGAUAGCGCCUUCAAUCCUGCCUUCGCACAACCGGCUCCAUUAUUAAGUAUCCUACAUUUACCGGACUGAAUAUUAAGUAAUCACGCAUGCAGACAUAAUUAGCUUGGAACUUUGGGUAUAUGCUGGUAUAUUGAGCCAGUAUUAUCGGGUAUAUUUGUAUUUUGGUAACCCCCUGACUAGGCCUGGGAAGUAGUACAGCGAAAUUUACGCACAAUGGAACAGACAGAUUUAAUAAACGAACGAAGAACGAAACAAAUAAACAGGACGAAUCAUAUAAAGAGAAAUAAUUGAAGAAAUAAGAAAACACACCGACAAACUUUUAUUCACUUUCGCUUUCUCUCUUCAGAUCGAUAUUUACGCUGGCAGUGUCUAUUUCCGAGAAGCAACAGGAUGGAAUAUUUACAUAUCAGCAUUUGUUGUGCUGAGUAUUACGGCUGUGUAUGUAAUUGUUGGUAAGGGCUCGUCCUUAAUUAUCGGCAUUUUCACAAAAGCGUGCUUUUUUUCAAUCCCCCUCCCAACUAUAUUCACACAUCUUUUCACAUGCAAAAUUUUAUGUGCAAUUGAAACUCUUUCAAAACUGAUCAAACCAAUGGCAGUGUCACGUAAAAAUGGAGAAAUAUAUUUCAACCUUGCAUGCAAUGAUAGUAUAGCCAGCUGAGCAUGCAACUAGUAGUAUUUUUUAUAUAGUGAAAUGGCAUAUGGUCCAUAUGCGUUCAGUAUCAUGAAGCCCCAGCGUCUCCCUCUCCCUGCUGUGCAAUCUUACAGGUCAAAUGAGACGUCUAUAUUCUAAUUAAUUUUAGGCGGUCUUGAAGCAGUUACAUUUACAGAUAUUUUACAAGUCAGCAUUAUGCUUAUUGGCGCUAUAAUACUCACGAUAUUAGGUAAGUGCAUUCACAUUUCUUUGCUAUGGGUCCUUUGUUCAAACAUCAAAGUAUCGAUCGCUUAAUACUUAUCCUACUUAGAAAUAACCGACUAACAAUCUAACAGACUAACAGACAGUGGCCUGCUGGCUCCUGUUCGUCAGUGGAGGCGCUCAUCAUCAUACAUUUCCCAAAAUAUGUGUCCACGGGGGGGAGAAUGGUGUUAAAAAAAAUUCGAAAUAUCCUAUUAAGAUGCCGCUGUUUCUUUACUCAUUUUGCCAAUUUUUACGUACAAUUGACAAUUUUGGGGUUUUUUUAUAUAUCUUUACCAAAGUUCGUUUGUGGACCGUAAUAACGAGUUUGUCAGCUAACAAAGGGAAUAAACAUAUGAACACAAUCAUAUACAUAAGUUGAAGAUGCUUGACUUACAUUUCUUUAAACAAAAUUAUUCCAGGUUUUAUAGAGAUCGGCGGUUUAGAAAAGUUGUGGGAAGAAUACCCGAAAUCAUUUGGUCGUAAUUGGCGAACGAUGGAGAAUGUCACCGUCAAUGGCACGAUAUCGGAGAGUCAUGGUAACUCAUCAAGUUGUUAUGGUCUUACUCCAUAUUGGGCAAAUAUGUUCCGUCCUUUUGAUGAUCCGGACUUUCCAUGGUUUGGCCUCUGGUUCGCUUUACCCAUUGUCGAGAUUUGGUACUGGUGCACUGAUCAGGUAUAGUAUAAACCUUAUGAUUUCUUUUGAAAUCGGCAAUAAUUUUUCUUGAGAGAGCUUCGGAUUGAUAGGGAAGCAACUACCUGAAAAAUACAAGGAGAAUCUCGCUGUUCCCUUCGUCGGCUAUUAGAGACCUUACGAUUUUAGGACGGCAACGCGACGACAACGGCUACCAAUACAAUAAACCAUUGAAAAGAAUUGAUUAAUUACAAUAUAUGAAUAAUUUAAACAUUGUCCUCGCUCUGUUUACAACGCCAAAUCACAGAUUUUCACGUGUUGAUACAACGGGCCAACGGCUGCAUUGCAAGCCGCAACAAAUGCAACUUCAAACUGGAUUUAGUAGAACUCUUCCCAAACAUAAAACCCAUGCCGUCAACUUCUAAAACUAUAUUAAAUUCGUACGAUUGAUAAUCGAUUAUCUACAACGAAUUAUCUUUACUACCAUUUGUUUGAAGGAGUUUGUUUUGGCCGUCGUCGUCGCGUUGCCGUCCUAAAAUCGUAAGGUCUCUAUUACCUUAACGAUGUAGGACGGCAAAGCAAUGACAACGGCCAGAAUAAAAUCAUUCAAAUAAACGAUGGUAAAGAAAGUUUGUAGACUAUUAUCGAUCGUAUCAAUUUAACACUGUUUGGUUAGCUGGAAAUAGUGGUUUUAUUGUUGAGAAAGUUCUACUUACUGUAAUACUGAGCUAUCGCAUCUCGAAAUUUGCAGGCGUUUUAUCCAAGACGUAAAAGUCUGUAGCCUCCCGUUAUAAACAGACCGUGGAUAAUGUCUCAAUCAAAACUCCUGUGGGAUAUUAAUUAUUCAUUUAUUUCUUAAAUAUUAUGAAUCUCAUUGCGGUAGAAUAGCUGUCGUCGCCACUUUGCCGCUCCACAUCGUAAGGUCCGACGAAGAACCUUGCAUCCCUAUCAAUUGCUAUGAUUAUCUUUGUUUCGUAUGGUUUAUUUUAUUCAUACGACUCCCUCCUUUCCUUUCUUAUAAAAGGCAGCUGCAUCGAGUAUAGACCAUAAACCGAUUCGAAAAAUAUUUGUCAUUAUUUUUUUUUCUCCCAGAAUCUUUCUUGCAAAGUUUGGUUGCGAAUUGUUGUAAAAUUAGGAAAAUAUGUCACUGUGAAGUUCGCAAAUUUUGUAUAUAUUUAAGCCGAAAGUGGUUAUUUUUACCGCGUGUAAUACAAAUAUAUACAAAAUUUGCAAACUUCACACGGCUAUAUUUUCUUCAUUUUACAACAUUUAGCAACCAAUCUUUGCAGUUUUACUCAUUCUAAGACGCUCUUUCUAGCUGUGGUGUUGGAUUCGUUCGUCUUGCCUUGAUCAAAAUUUAGUCUAUAGCUGGAAACACCUAUAACCUAUUAGAUUUCGAUCCGUUGUGCUCUGUGUAAGUCUGGACGUAUCCAGCUUCAUUAAUUUGAAAUUGUUAAAGUCUUUGAUAGAAAUUAAAACAAAAGUCAUUACUCCCAGUCAUAACUCAUGGUUCUAUGCAUCAUCUCUUGAUUUCUCUUUAUCAUGCAGAGAUUUUGCGGGCUCAUUUUCAAAUAAUUUUUGCGAUCUCAGGUACACAAAAAGUUAUGCCUGUGGACUACUGUGCCGGGAAUUUUCAAAACGAAUGUAAUGACAAUGGAACAUUCCGAGCACUGGAUCGUCACUUAGUGGUAUUACUGUUAUGCUAUAAGUAAUGCAAGAAAAAAGGGUCGAUAGAUAACGCAUACUUCAGGGGCUGUAAGAUGUAGCAAUAAGCUCUUGGGAAUCAUAUCCGUUGUUAAGGCAAAUCCAAGACAUCGAAGUCCGUUGAAAUGGACACACGACACAAACGCUGUCUAAGGUGGAUAUAUGACACGAGAACAAUAUAAAGAAUUAUGAAAGCGACAAGGCAACCUUUCAAUACUGUGACAUUGUAAGGUUUAAACGUCUGGGGCCGCUUGUUCAAAGGUGGGUUAGCGCUAAUUCUGCAUGGGUUAAAAUUUAACCAACGGUUUUAGUUUAUGUAUUUCUGCACGUCUGUUUAUUUCAAAACUUCACAGAAGUAAACUCCUAUCGAUCUAGACAAGAUCUCUGAAGAAAUAUGUCCACAUUUAUAGACAAGCUGUGAGGAAGUUUGCUUUGAAUUUUAGGUUAACCCAGGGUUAAGCUCACCCAGCUUUGAACAACAGGCCCCUGACGAGCGAACCUAUUCUUCCCCCCAACAGGACCCUCUCAGUGACCUGAAGGUUCACUGGCAUAUUUUGUAGGUGAUGGUUCAACGUGCUUUGGCAGCCAAGAGUGUCGUACACGCGAAAGGCGGGACAAUAUUUGCUGGAUUUCUCAAGAUAUUGCCCAUGUUUAUUAUGGUCUUCCCUGGAAUGAUCAGCCGAGUUUUAUAUAAAGAUGAUGUCGCAUGUCCUGAUGCUGAGAGCUGCGAGAGAGCGUGUGGAAAUAAGUUAGGAUGUUCAAACUUAGCUUAUCCAAGGUAAUUAUGUGUGGUAUUGAUGAGGAUGGUGGUGGU